GGGCCUGGGUGUGAGGGUGAGUGUGCCUUCUCCUGGUGUUUCUGCUCGUUCUACCUUCGUCUUUCCGUCUUCUCCUUUUGCACCGAAAAUGGGCGAAAGGCCACUUACCGAUGCAGAGAAGAAGCGGCAGAUAUCUAUGCGAAGGCUGCCAGUAGUUGAAGACGUGAACGGAAUCAAGGAGGCAUUCAAUCGGCAUCUGCAUUACUCCCUAGUUAAGGACAGAAAUGUGGCUACGACCCAAGACUACUACUUCGCUCUCGCUCAUACAGUCAAGGAUCACUUGGUUGGCAAAUGGAUACGGACCCAACAAACCUACUACGAAAAAGACCCCAAGCGUGUAUACUACCUAUCCCUUGAGUACUAUAUGGGCCGUGCUCUCAGCAACACUAUGAUCAACCUUGGCAUCCAGGGGGAGUGUGACGAGGCUGCAUAUCAGCUUGGACUUGACAUGGAGGAGCUAGAGGAGAUGGAGGAAGAUGCUGGUCUUGGUAAUGGUGGAUUGGGACGGCUUGCUGCUUGCUUCUUGGACUCCAUGGCAACCCUUGGCUACCCAGCCUAUGGUUAUGGCAUCCGCUACGAGUAUGGCAUCUUCAAGCAGGAGAUAGAUGACAAAGGCAAUCAGGUGGAGCACCCUGACGAGUGGCUGAGGUUUGGAAAUCCAUGGGAGAAGGCGCGGCCAGAGUACCUUAUUCCGGUGCAUUUCUAUGGGAAGCAGGAGAGUGACAAAGAUGGUAUUCAAAACAAGUGGGUUGACACCAAUGUCGUAUAUGCAAUGCCUUAUGACCAACCUAUCCCUGGAUAUAAGAACAACACUUGUAACACCAUGAGGCUCUGGGCUGCCAAGGCAUCCAAAGACUUUGAUCUCUCCUAUUUCAAUGAUGGCGACUACAUAAAGGCCGUGUGUGAGCGAAAUGCUUCUGAGAACAUUUCUAGAGUUCUGUACCCCAAUGAUAAUUUUUUUGAAGGGAAAGAAUUGAGAUUAAAGCAGGAGUAUUUCAUGGUGUCGGCCACUCUUCAGGACAUCGUGCGAAGAUACAAGUCUUCAAAGUUUGGUGUGAGGUCAGCAGUUAGGACUGAUUUCCUGCACUUUCCUGAAAAGGUUGCUAUUCAGCUCAACGACACACAUCCAUCACUUGCCAUCCCUGAGCUGAUGAGGAUAUUUUUGGAUCUAGAGGGACUCACUUGGGAUGAGGCAUGGAAAAUCUGUGUGGAUACAUUCGCCUACACCAACCACACCCUACUCCCCGAGGCAUUAGAAAGAUGGAACACUAACAUGCUUGAGUAUAUCCUACCACGCCAUCUCACCAUCAUAUAUGAAAUCAAUGCACAGCACCUGAAGAAUGUUGCCAAAAAGUUUCCGGAUGAGCCUGACCGCAUCCGCCGCAUGUCCCUGGUAGAGGAGGGCAACGAGAAGAAGAUUAACAUGGCCUUCUUGUGUAUCGUUGGCUCCCAUGCUGUUAACGGAGUGGCUGCCCUACACUCAGAGCUUCUAAAGAAAGGAAUGUUCAAGGACUUCUAUGAGAUGAGCCCUGAGAAGUUCCAGAACAAGACAAACGGUGUCACUCCUCGAAGAUGGCUCCUGCUUUGUAAUCCUGGUCUUUCAGACCUUAUUUGUGAGAAAAUAGAGGAAAGUUGGAUAACAAACUUGUCCGACCUGACCAAGUUAAAGAAGUUUGCUAAAGACAAGAAUUUCCUCCAUGCAUUCAUGCGUUCUAAGCAGGAGAACAAGAUCCGCCUUGCUGCAUACAUCCAGAGCGAGUAUAAAGUAGAUGUCAAUGUGAACUCUAUUUUUGACAUCCAAGUUAAGCGCAUCCAUGAGUAUAAACGUCAACUGAUGAACUGCCUGCAUGUCAUCAUCCUCUACAACCGGCUAAAGGCAAAUCCAAAUAUGACCUUUGUGCCACGCACUGUUAUGGUUGGAGGGAAGGCAGCCCCUGGCUACCACAUGGCCAAGCUUAUCAUUAAGUUGAUCAACAGUGUUGCCAAAGUGGUCAACAAUGACCCUAUCAUUGGGGACAAACUAAAGGUGGUGUUUCUGGAAAAUUACCGUGUCUCACUGGCUGAGAAAGUUAUCCCAGCUGCAGACUUGUCUGAGCAGAUCUCCCUGGCGGGCACUGAGGCGUCCGGGACAGGAAACAUGAAAUUCAUGAUGAAUGGUGCACUGACCAUUGGCACCCUUGAUGGAGCUAACGUGGAGAUGAUGGAAGAGAUGGGUAAAGAAAACAUAUUUAUCUUUGGUAUGACAGUGGAGGAGGUGGAAGCCUUGAGUCGCAAAGGAUAUAAUCCCAAGACCUACUACGAGAGAAACCCUGAACUCAAGAAAGCUCUGGAUCAAAUCCGUGACAACUACUUCUCUCCAAAGGAGCCUGGGGUUUUCCAAGAUGUUGUCAACUCUUUACUUUACCAUGACAGAUUUUAUCUGUUAGCAGAUUUUGAUGCAUAUCUGAAGUGCCAAGAGAGAGUCAGCCAGACGUUUAUGAAACCUGAAAAGUGGUGCACCAUGGCACUCAUGAAUGUGGCUUCAUCUGGGAAGUUCUCAACUGAUCGCACAAUCCGUCAGUACGCAGAGGAAAUAUGGGGUGUCAAGUCAGUUGAUUCUGAGGUCAAGCCUAUUGCUGGUAUCUAAAGGAAAGCAAGCAGUCCCCAACGACUACUGCUGAUGGUACUUUAGACAAGACUGAGUCAUUUAGUGUUAGAACAUUUAGCUUAAGCUACAUAAGCAUUAUAAUGGAAUACAUUUAGAACUUGGGUUAUUGGUGACAAUGUACUGGUAACCAUGGUUACUUUAUACUGUAGCCAUGUUAAAUAAAGAAACUAAGUUAUGAUUAUACAGUUGUAAAUUACUUGUGAAAUAAAUAGAAAUGUUUAUAAAAAUGCAUACCCAA